CUGGCCGCUCCCAGGCCCAGGGUUUGGUGAGUCCGUCAAAGAAUUUAAAGCAGACGAGCGAGAGAGAGAGAGAGAGAGGCUUCUCUUACUGGAUCUCCAGUAAUCCCCAGGCCUCAUCCCAGAGAAUGGAAGCAUCGCGGCGGCGAGUGGCGGCGGCGGCGGCGGCGACCCUCCUCCCUCUCUUCUUCCUCGCCUUCGCCACCGUCUCCGGCACCGACAGGUUCACGGUGGGCGACUCCAAGGGCUGGAACCCCGGCGUCAACUACACCGAAUGGGAGAAGAAGCACCGCCCCUUCCACGUCGGCGACUGGCUCGUGUUCUACUACCAGUCCGGGCUGGCGGACGUGGUGCAGGUGGACGAGGUGGCGUACAACAAGUGCGACGCGUCCAGCCCCAUCUCCAACUACAGCAAGGGAAGGAGCUACGCCUUCCAGCUCAACCACACCAAGCGCUACUACUUCAUCUGUAGUUAUGGCUACUGCUACCAGGGGAUGAAGCUCGCCAUCAAGGCCGAGCCCCUUCCCCCGCCUUCCCCUCCCCCGUCCCACAAACCCUCCGCCGCCCUCUCUCUCGUCCCCAGAUCCGCUGCCGUCUCCGCCGUCGUGACUCUCGCCGUCUCCGCCGCUUUGCUUCGUUUCCUGUGAAAGGGAAGAAGACGUUUCCCACUCCACCCCCCUAUCUCCCUCCUUUUCCUUUUCUUCUUUCCUUAGAAUCUUUCGUUUUUUUUUAUCUGCAUUCGAUGAAUGUUGCUUGAGAGAGAGACUGAGAGCGAGAGGGUUCGUAGUUGUUGGUUUGUGAUCUGAAGUUUGAAUAGAAAGUGAUGUUUUUUCUUUUGUUUUUCGUAA